AUGGACCCCAACCUUCUCAGACACAUCGAGUACUUUCUCGAGCCAAAUGGCCAAACAGAUGACCUGGAAAGCCAACAGCAGCGCCGCUUCAACCAGGCAGCAUCCACCAACUCGGCACAGAAUUUCUGGGACAUCGCCGGCCUGCCCUCUGACUCGGGCCUCGGCUCCCCGGUGAGCGCUCCGGGCGGCCUGAACUUUGACGCCUUUGGACAGCCGUCGAAUCAGCCCAACAGGACACAGCAACGCCAGCAGAUGCUUGGCCAGGGCUCUAGGGUAAUUCUUCCACCCCGAGCUCCAAAGCCCAAGACUGGCCAUGAAAGGAAAAGAACGAAAUUGAGCACCGAGUCCACACCUUUCGACAACGUCGACUACUGGAUCCAGUUCGACAAUGAGGAGGGCGCCGGGGAGCCUGGCGGUUCGGACCUGAGCCACCAGAAAGGCAAGGACGCCCAACAGCAGCAACAAGAGCAGCAGCAACAGCAGCAACAGCAGCGACCCAAGGCGCAGCACGCGCAGACCGACCCAUCAUCCACAUCAACCCUGCGAACCGUCGAACAGCAGCAGCAACAACAGCAGCAGCAGCAACAGGCGCGGCACCGCCAACAGUCAAGCAUAGGCUCUGCACAGCCAGGACCGAGCAACCCCCGGCGGAGACAGAUGCGACCAGAGGACUUGUUCGACGACAGCGCCCUGGACUACGCAUUAUCCGAGGAAGGCGACAUGACGACCGAGGACUUCUCGACGAUGAACCUGGCCGAUCAGAUGUCCAACAUCGACACGAUGCCCCCCUCGGAGGUGCCACCCCGCGAGGGCCUGUACUCGACACCAUUGAGCUGGGAGAAGCCGCAGCCGGGCCUGCGGCUAGACUCCCUGAUAAGCACGCAAAAUCCACAGCAGCUUAACGAGGACGAGCAACGGCGGCUCAUAGCCAUAGCCAUGAAUACUGGGCCGCUGAUGGGAGGUCUAGGCUCGGGACAGUUUGGGAUGGGAGGAGGAAACAGGGGCUACGUAUCGGGUAGCGGGCUACACGCAACACUGGGCUCGGGCCUGAGUCUCGGCGGGAUGGGUGGCAUGGGACUAGGAGCGCUGGGCAACGGCAUGGGCAACUUAGGUUUCGGGCAGAUCACCGACGACGCUCCGCUACUGCGGCCCGAGACGCCCGCCGUCGCGAAACCACCGCAGAAGCAAUUUUCCCGGGAGAACACCGAGAAAAGCGGCGGCGGUGAGGAGAAAGGCAAGGGGAAAGAAAAGGAAUCCAUUGGGGAUGCCAAGGGUAAGGGCAAGCCUGGCGACCGGACCGCCCACAACGACAUCGAGCGCAAAUACCGCACGAACCUCAAGGACAGGAUUUCAGAGCUGCGAGACGCCGUGCCCGCACUGCGCACCAUCCAGGAGGGCGUUGUCGACGAGGGUGACGAGGCCAACGGGCCGGCGAGGCCGAAAGUCAGCAAGGGCACGGUCCUCACCAAGGCGACAGAGUACAUCAGCUACUUGGAAAAGAAGAACAGGGCCAUCAUGGCGCAACAUCAGCAGCUGUCGCGCCGGCUCGCGGCCUUCGAGCAACUCCUCAGCCAGACAGCCCGCCCAUCCUUCCAGAUGCCCAAUUACAGCAGGACGCUCUUCGACCCACGUGCCUUCUGUUAA